CAGUGAAGACGGCCUGAACCAGGGGUUCGAGAUGAUUGGCACACUGUGGUGGGUGGGGGCGCUCAGCAGUCUUCUAGGCCUGUUGGAGGCCAAAUCCUUGCUGAGUGAUAUCAAGCAGGAAGAGAUGGUCCCUGUCGGUGAUGUCAGCAUCGGCUCGGAGACGGCCAACAGCUUCCUGACGCGCUCCAGGCCCAAGCGUAACGUGGACCCCAGGUGGUACAGAGGAAACCCAGACUUCCAGUCGUACUACCGAUACUACAGCAGCAUCGGACACACUGAAGGGAUCUAUGAGAUCGACAGGCUGCGGAUGCUCUACCAGCAGAUGAGGUACCUGGAGAACGCUUACGGGCCCAACGCCUCCUACUUCCAGAACAAACUGGGAGUACCGAGGAUCAUGUGUGACCCGACCACAGACAAGAAGUGUAAAGUUGCCGCUCCUCCUCCACCUCCCAUGAAAGGGGGUCCAAAGCCCACAGAGCCCCAGGCAACUCCACCUCCCCUCCCUCCUGCUCCAUCCAUUUCUCAAGCCGACGUUCUUUACCUGUGCAACAGCAAGGACCCUCUCUGCAAGCCCCACAUUGUCUACCUCCCGAGUGGUGCGGUGCCUGUGCUGUGUGACCCUCGCUACCACCCUCACUGCAGCCCUCAGAAGGUUGCACCAGCCCCUGUAGAAGCACCCCAACCUCCUCCGCCCCCUCCACCAAAGAAGUCCGUCCUUCCUCCACCUCCACCCCUCGUCCUCAUCAAGAAGUCUCCCCCAGCCCUCGUCCGUCCCUUCAAGGGCAUGGAGUACGACUGUGACCCCUACUGGGAUCCUGACUGCCUGAUCGAUCACCCACCCAGGCCCAUUAUGGGAGCGGUGGUGGUACCCCCACCACCGCCCCCUUCUCCUCCAGUGGAGGAGGAGGAGGAGGAAGUGGUGGAGAAGCCAGCACCUCCUGCACCUAUUGAAAAGAAACUAACCCUCUUCCCUUAUCCAUACCAGUACCCAGCACCCUAUAACCCCAUGGAUGAUCUGUACGACCCAGCCCGCUUCCAGUACCCUCAGCCCGCUGAGCCUGCAGAUGAGCCUGCAGAAGACAGUCAGUAAAACCUGACUGAAUCGAGGAAAGGUAUUUUUCCUGAAAUACACAAGACUUUAAUUAAUUCUUUUGAGGUGUUUUACUUUAUUUUAGCUUUUUUGGAAAUCACAGACACAGACCACAUCCUGUACUGAAGCAUAGAUGAGCUGCAGCCUCAUGUCACCAUCACUGUCAGCAUGUAAUGAAACAGCAUUAGAUCAGUACAUCCCUGUAAUGUAAAUGAAUCCUCAUUAUAAAGAGAAUAAAAUGUGAUACAACUGU